AUGGGCCCCUGUACCGCCUCCUCUUGCUGCUGCCAGGCCCGUAAUCUGCCAUGGGCCCCCGUACCGACUCCUCAUGCUGCUGCCAGGCCCGUAAUCUGUCAUGGGCCCCUGUACCGCCUCCUCAUGCUGCUGCCAGGUCCAGAGUGUCUCAUGGGUCCCUGUACGGCCUCCCAUUGCUGCUGUCUCCAUCGCCACACUCUGCCAUGUGCCACUUUCAGGUCUCCUCACACUGCUGGUGGGUUCCAUUUUGUCAUAGGGUGCUGUAUGGCCUCCCAUUGCUGCUGCCUCCACCGCCACACUGUGGCUCCACACUCUGGUUUUGGCCCCGUGACUGCCCAAAUGAGUGAAGUGUGCGGUGAUUCUAAGAUCGACGGCACUCAUCUGCAUGUCAUACUGACUGACAGUAUUAUUUCUCUUCCCCAGCAGACUCCAAGGGCAUUUAAAUUAAAGGUACAGUGUUCUGCACUAAUAUAA